AUGUUGUCAGCGUUCAUAGCACUGGUUUUCAUCUUAGAAAACGUCGUUUCUCAAGGCUCGAAAAACCCUUUCCCGGAGGAAACAGUGGAGUCAUUUAAGACUCUCAACAUGAGGUACAACGACAAGCUGACAUGGAGUGAUGAAGUGGCGAAAAAGGCAUUGGAAUGGUUGAAAUCGCCAGAAAACGUGAAGGAUGAUGUGAUCAUUAUCAAAGGAAAACAGUAUUUCUCAAAAACGGAUAGCAAGACGCUGUGGCAGAAAGUGCUGUCAAUUCUCGAACACCGCUUUGAUCGAAGAAAAAAGGAGAUCGCUCGUCUCCCGGCUGGAACAUUGUUUGGAUGCAACGGCAUCAUUGAUACAAAAUUGAAGAAGAAGGAAUCCAUUUAUACUGCCUGUCUCUACAUGAAACCGCAGAAGAGUGCAGCCUCGGAGAAUUCCCUACCGAAAGAUGCAGAAGAAACUUUCAAGAUUCUCAACUCAAUGUACAGCGACAACGUGGAAUGGAGCGAUGAAUGGGCGAAAAAGGCACUGGAAUGGUUGAAGUCACCUAAAAGCGUGAAAGCUGACUUAGUUAUCAAAGGGCAACAGUCAUUCCCAAAGGAUGACAAAAAGGAGCUGUGGGAGAAAUUGCUGGCAAUCCUCGAACAUCGCUUUGGCAAAAAAGCAGAUGAAAUCGAGGGCCUCCCUGAGGGCACGAUAUACGGAUGCAACGGUGUCAUCGAUACAAAGGGAGAGGAAGAAUCCAUUAACACCGCCUGUCUGUAUAAGAAGCCUUGA